CACAGAGACAGAGAAUUAAGCUUUCAAUUUUGCAAAAAUAUCAUUUAAGGCAGGAAAGCAACAUGGAUCAAAAUCAGUAAAAACUGUGAAAAAAAAGGAAAAAAGAAAAAGAGAAAAAAAGAGAGGAAAAUGCUUUUAAUGUCUAUGUGUUAGCAUAUCUUCAUGACACCAAAUCAAAGAAGAACCACAGUAACCUCACUUGUUCAAAACCUAGUAUUUAAAACAAAGGGAUUGGUAGGGAAAGAGGAAUCUAUAUGUCCCAUGGGGGCUGUGUGGUUUCUAGAUUAUAAAUUGAUUUGGGAGAAGGUAUUGGAGAACCGAUAAAGACCAGAAGAAGAAGAAGAAGAAAGAAAGGAAUAAAGAAAGAGAAGUGUUUCUUGAAGAUGGCUGCUUCUUCUUCAUCGGCGCCCUUCUUUGGAAUUAGGGAUGAAGAUCAUCAAAACCAGAUGACACAACAGCAUUCCUCAACACCAACUUCAUCUUCAGCCCCGGCUCCACCCCAGCAAAAGAAAAAGAGAAAUCUACCUAGAACACCAAAUCCAGACGCAGAGGUGAUAGCACUAUCUCCCAAGACCCUAAUGGCAACAAACAGGUUCAUAUGUGAGGUAUGCAACAAAGGGUUCCAAAGGGAGCAAAACCUACAGCUCCACAGAAGAGGACACAACCUGCCUUGGAAGCUAAAGCAGAAGACUACAAAAGAAGUGAAGAGGAAGGUCUAUUUGUGCCCUGAGCCCACAUGCGUCCACCAUGACCCUUCUAGGGCUCUUGGUGACCUCACUGGCAUCAAAAAGCACUACUCUAGAAAACAUGGAGAGAAGAAAUGGAAGUGUGAGAAGUGUUCUAAGAGGUACGCUGUUCAAUCAGAUUGGAAAGCCCACUCUAAGACCUGCGGCACUAGGGAGUACAGAUGUGACUGUGGCACUCUCUUCUCAAGGCGCGACAGUUUUAUCACUCAUAGGGCCUUCUGCGAUGCGUUGGCUCAGGAAAGUGCUCGAAACACUCCUUCCACCUUGAACACCAUUGGCAGUCAUUUAUAUGGAGGUAGCAACAUGAGCUUAGGCUUUUCUCAAGUGGGUACUCAAAUUACCUCAAUGCAUGACCAAUCUAGUGACAUUUUAAGACUUGGCGGAGGUGGCCGCAGUGGACAAUUUGAUCAUCUCCUUUCCCCAUCUAUGGGUUCGCCAUCUUUUCGACCACCCCCGCAGCAAAUGCCUUCAUCUGCUUUCUUCAUGCAAGAAUCAAACCAGAAUUAUCACGAGGAACACCAAUCUCAACAAGGGUUGUUGCAAAACAAAUCAUUUCAUCAUGGACUGAUGCAAUUCGCUGAUCUUCAUAACACCACAAGCAACAACCCUCCUCCCUCCGCUUCCAAUAUUUUCAACCUUAGCUUUAUUUCCAGUAGCAGCACUACAAGCAACAUGGCUAAUAGCAAUAAUGCCAACAACUCCAACAGCAAUCUACCAACUUCAGGACUGCUAAUAUCCAAUAAUUUCAGCUCCCAAAAUGGUGCCACUGGAGGAGAUAAAGGGUCCAGUAUCUUCACGAACAACAUAAUUGGUGAUCAUCAUCAUCAACAUCAAAUGACCUCUGGUGUCCCUUCUCUCUUUACCUCCUCAGUUCAAAAUGAUAAGAUAGUCCCUCAUAUGUCUGCUACGGCACUUCUUCAAAAGGCAGCGCAAAUGGGUUCAACUUCAAGCACCAAUAGUGCAUCAUUGCUGAGAAGCUUUGGUAGCUCUUCUUCAAGCGGAAUUAAAUCACAUAAGCCAUUAGUUGCAGCAAACUUUGGAGACAUUUUCAACGAAAAUGACAACAAUCUCCAUGACCUAAUGAACUCAUUUGCUACUGGGAAUUCAUCCCUUUUCGCUUCUGGGCAUGGACAACAAAACCCCUACAGUGGAAACACGGAGGAAGCGAAGUUGCAUCAGGGUCUGAACGUAAGUAUUGGAGGGUCUGAUAGAUUGACCAGGGAUUUUCUUGGGGUAGGACAAAUUGUGAGAAGCAUGAGUGGAGGGUUUUCGCAAAGAGAUAAACAUCAACAGCUGCAGCAGCCACGGCAGCCAAGCAUAGACAUAAGCUGCUCCGUGGAUUCGGAGAGAAAUAUUACAGCGCAGACAAGCCAAUCUUUUGGAGGAAAUGGGAAUUUUCAGUGAAGAUAAAGAAAAAAAUGGAUGGAUAUGACAGAGAGAGAGAGACAUAGAAG